AUGGAGCUGGCACCCAGCUUCGUGUCUCCUGUCACCAGAGCGGUGGCUCCUUCCUCAGCCACCCGCGGCGCCGCCGCCUCCGCCUCCACCGCCUCCAGCAGCUCCGGCGCAGUGCUCGGCGCGGCGGUGGCGGUGGCCGGCGCGGCGGGGGCGGUGCGGCCGAAGCGCGCCGCGGCGCCCAAGGUGGUGCGCCAGGGGACGGCCACGGAUGUGGACGUGGACACCGAGUGCAUCAACGCCAUUCGCUUCCUGGCGGUGGACGCGGUGAACAAGGCCAACAGCGGCCACCCGGGAGCCCCCAUGGGCCAGGCGCCCAUCGGAUACUUGCUCUUCGCAGAGGAGAUGCAGUACAACCCUGAGGACUCCAAGUGGGCGAACCGGGACCGCUUCGUGCUGUCCUCCGGGCACGGGUGCAUGCUCCAGUACUCGCUGCUGCACCUGGCGGGCUUCGACAGCGUGAGCCUGGACGACCUGAAGCAGUUCCGCCAGUGGGGCUCCAAGACCCCAGGCCACCCGGAGAACUUCGAGACGGACGGCAUCGAGGUGACCACGGGGCCGCUGGGCAUGGGCAUCUCCAACGCCGUGGGCCUGGCUGCCGCGGAGGCGCACCUGGCCGCCGUCUACAACAAGCCCGACAUGCCUUUGAUCGACCACUACACCUACACCAUCGCCGGGGAUGGCUGCAUGCAGGAGGGCAUCUCCCACGAGGCCUGCGCCUACGCGGGGCACCUGGGCCUCGGGAAGCUCAUCGCCUUCUACGACGACAACGGCAUCACCAUUGACGGGCACACCGACCUCUCCUUCACCGAGGAUGUGGGAAAGCGUUUUGAGGCCUACGGCUGGCAGGUGCUGACGGUGUCGGAGGGCAACACCGACGUGGACGCCAUCCGCAAGGCCAUCAAAGAGGCCAAGGCGUGCAGCGACAAGCCCACCCUCAUCAAGGUGAAGACCACCAUCGGCUUCGGGUCCCCGAACAAGGCGGACAGCCACGACGCCCACGGGGCGCCGCUGGGCGCGGACGAGGCGGAGGCCACCCGCAAGCAGCUGGGCUGGAACUACGGGGAGUUCGAGGUGCCGGACCAGGUCUAUGACACCUUCCGCAAGCACGCAAAGGCGGGGGCUGAGAAGCAGAAGGCCUGGCAGAAGAUGUGGGAGGAGUAUCAGGAGAAGGAGCCGGAGCUGGCCGCGCAGUUCGAGCGGGCCGUGCUGGACCGCAAGCUCCCAGAGAAGAACUGGCGGGAGUGCCUGCCCAAGCUGACCACGGAGGACAAGGGCAAGGCCACCCGCUUGCACUCGCAGGACUGCCUCAACGCGAUCGCCAAUGUGCUGCCGGAGUUCAUGGGUGGGUCGGCGGACCUGGCCCCCUCGAAGAACAUGACCCUGAUGAAGUGCUCCGGGGACUUUUUGUCGGGCAGCUACUCGGAGCGCAACAUGCGCUUCGGCAUCCGCGAGUUCGGCAUGGGCGCGGUGUGCAACGCCAUGUCCCUGGACAAGACAGGCAUCAUCCCCUACUGCGCCACCUUCACCAUCUUCACCGACUACAUGCGCGGCGCCAUUCGCAUCGCCGCGUUGUCCCAGGCGGGCACCAUCUUCGUGACGACCCACGACUCCAUCGCCGUGGGUGAGGAUGGCCCCACGCAUCAGCCCAUCGAGACCAUCCCCUCCCUGCGCCUCAUCCCCGACCUCACGGUGAUCCGCCCCGCUGACGGCAACGAGACCGCCGGCGCCUACGCUUACGCGGUGGAGCGCUCCAAGAACGAGUCCCGGCCUACGAUGAUGGCCUUUUCCCGGCAGGCGUUGGACAACAUCCCCAACUCCUCCAUCGAGAACACCAUGAAGGGUGCCUAUGAGGUCAUCGAGUGCAAGGACCCAGAGCUGAUCAUCAUCGGCACCGGCUCGGAGGUGGGCAUCUGCAUCGAGGCCGCCAAGCAGAUGGACAAGGUGCGGGUGGUGUCCAUGCCCUCCUGCGAGAUCUUCCGGGCUCAGCCGGACAGCUACAAGUCCGAGCUGCUGCCUGCCGACGUGCCCAAGAUGAGCGUAGAGGCCGCCUGCACCGCGGGCUGGGGCGAGUUCGCGGACGCCUUCGUGGGCAUCGACGUCUUCGGGGCCUCCGCGCCGGGGGGGACCUGCCUGGACAAGUUCGGCUUCAACGCGGACAACGUGCUGAGCUGCGCCAAGAAGGCCCUCAAGGGCGAGAAGGGUGUGCUUUCCGACGGCAGCCAGGGUAAGCUGGCGCCCAGCUUCGUGUCUCCUGUCACCAGAGCGGUGGCUCCUUCCUCAGCCACCCGCGGCGCCGCCUCCGCUUCCACCGCCUCCAGCAGCUCCGGCGCAGUGCUCGGCGCGGCGGUGGCGGUGGCCGGCGCAGCGGGGGCGGUGCGGCCGAAGCGCGCUACGGCGCCCAAGGUGGUGCGCCAGGGGACGGCCACGGACGUGGACGUGGACACCGAGUGCAUCAAUGCCAUUCGCUUCCUGGCGGUGGACGCGGUGAACAAGGCCAACAGCGGCCACCCGGGAGCCCCCAUGGGCCAGGCGCCCAUCGGAUAUUUGCUCUUCGCAGAGGAGAUGCAGUACAACCCUGAGGACUCCAAGUGGGCGAACCGGGACCGCUUCGUGCUGUCCUCCGGGCACGGGUGCAUGCUCCAGUACUCGCUGCUGCACCUGGCGGGCUUCGACAGCGUGAGCCUGGACGACCUGAAGCAGUUCCGCCAGUGGGGCUCCAAGACCCCAGGCCACCCGGAGAACUUCGAGACGGACGGCAUCGAGGUGACCACGGGGCCCCUGGGCAUGGGCAUCUCCAACGCCGUGGGCCUGGCUGCCGCGGAGGCGCACCUGGCCGCCGUCUACAACAAGCCCGACAUGCCUUUGAUCGACCACUACACCUACACCAUCGCCGGGGAUGGCUGCAUGCAGGAGGGCAUCUCCCACGAGGCCUGCGCCUACGCGGGGCACCUGGGCCUCGGGAAGCUCAUCGCCUUCUACGACGACAACGGCAUCACCAUUGACGGGCACACUGACCUCUCCUUCACCGAGGAUGUGGGGAAGCGCUUUGAGGCCUACGGCUGGCAGGUGCUGACGGUGUCGGAGGGCAACACCGACGUGGACGCCAUCCGCAAGGCCAUCAAAGAGGCCAAGGCGUGCAGCGACAAGCCCACCCUCAUCAAGGUGAAGACCACCAUCGGCUUCGGGUCCCCGAACAAGGCGGACAGCCACGACGCCCACGGGGCGCCGCUGGGCGCGGACGAGGCGGAGGCCACCCGCAAGCAGCUGGGCUGGAGCUACGGGGAGUUCGAGGUGCCGGACCAGGUCUAUGACACCUUCCGCAAGCACGCGAAGGCUGGGGCUGAGAAGCAGAAGGCAUGGCAGAAGAUGUGGGAGGAGUAUCAGGAGAAGGAGCCGGAGCUGGCCGCGCAGUUCGAGCGGGCCGUGCUGGACCGCAAGCUCCCCGAGAACUGGCGGGAGUGCCUGCCCAAGUUGACCACAGAGGACAAGGGCAAAGCCACCCGCUUGCACUCGCAGGACUGCCUCAACGCGAUCGCCAAUGUGCUGCCGGAGUUCAUGGGUGGGUCGGCGGAUCUGGCCCCCUCGAACAUGACGCUGAUGAAGUGCACCGGGGACUUUUUGUCGGGCAGCUACUCGGAGCGCAACAUGCGCUUCGGCAUCCGCGAGUUCGGCAUGGGCGCGGUGUGCAACGCCAUGUCCCUGGACAAGACAGGCAUCAUCCCCUACUGCGCCACCUUCACCAUCUUCACCGACUACAUGCGCGGCGCCAUUCGCAUCGCCGCGCUGUCCCAGGCGGGCACCAUCUUCGUGACGACUCACGACUCCAUCGCCGUGGGUGAGGAUGGCCCCACGCAUCAGCCCAUCGAGACCAUCCCCUCCCUGCGCCUCAUCCCCGACCUCACAGUGAUCCGCCCAGCCGACGGCAAUGAGACCGCCGGCGCCUACGCCUACGCGGUGGAGCGCUCCAAGAACGAGUCCCGGCCUACGAUGAUGGCCUUUUCCCGGCAGGCGCUGGACAACAUCCCCAACUCCUCCAUCGAGAACACCAUGAAGGGUGCCUAUGAGGUCAUCGAGUGCAAGGACCCGGAGCUGAUCAUCAUUGGCACCGGCUCGGAGGUGGGCAUCUGCAUCGACGCGGCCAAGCAGAUGGACAAGGCGGGCCUCGGCCGGACGGUGCGGGUGGUGUCCAUGCCCUCCUGCGAGAUCUUCCGGGCUCAGCCGGACAGCUACAAGUCCGAGCUGCUGCCGGCCGACGUGCCCAAGAUGAGCGUAGAGGCCGCCUGCACCGCGGGCUGGGGCGAGUUCGCGGACGCCUUCGUGGGCAUCGACGUCUUCGGGGCCUCCGCGCCGGGGGGGACCUGCCUGGACAAGCCCCACGCCUCAUGGGAAGGGUUCGGCUUCAACGCGGACAACGUGCUGAGCUGCGCCAAGAAAGCCCUCAAGGGCGAGAAGGGCGUGCUCUCCAACGGCGGAGGUGAGCUGGGCCCCGACCAGAAGUCUGACCACAAGUCAAGCAACUCCUACAAGAUUCUGCUGGGUCAACGGGCCCAGAAGCGACAGUUAAGGCGCAAGAGGUGGUCAGAAGUGGAGUCGCGCAAGACUCUAGUCUUCGGGCUGCCGAGCCGCAGCCCCGUGGCCUUCCGCGGCAAGGUGCGGUGCACCGAGGCGGCGGCGGAGAGCCCUUGGAGCAGCGAGGAGGAGCUGGUCGUCGUUGACACGCCUGGCCAGCCAAUGGGCGCGCCCCAGAACGUCACGGUGUCCGACGUCACGGCGCACGAGGCGUACAUCUUUUGGCGCCCAGGGGUGCUGCAUGACUGCGACUUCCAGCGGUGGCAGCUCCAGUUGCAGUCGGACUCUGACUGGUACGUUGCAGAGGCCUGCAGCAAGGAUCGUCUGGCAGACAGCAGCUGCCACUUGCAGGGGCUGCCGUGCAGCCAGCAAUUCCGCCUGCGCAUCUCUGGCGUUUGCAGCGAGAGCAGCAGCGGGGCAGCGGAGACGAGCUUCGCCACGCCCUUGGUGGCGGGCUGUCUGAAGAAGGCGCUGGCGCCCUCCCUGGUGGAGGCCUCCGACGCGACGGCCUCAGAGGCGCGGCUGGCCUGGCGCCCCGCAGAGGAGCUUGAAAACUGCACCUUCCUGCGCUGGGAGGUGGAGGUUCAGCCCGAGAACCAGGCCACUUGGGCGCCAGCCCAAGGCUGCGAGCGCCUCGAGACCCGUGACAACUCCGGCUGCGAGGUGUCGCAGCUCCAGUCCUUUACUGCGCAUUGGUUCCGCGUGCGGGAAGUGUGCAAUGAGAGCAGCUUCACCAGCGACUGGGCGGUGUCGGCGCCUGUCACCACGGCGUUGGUGCGCAGUGAGGCGGUGCAGAACCUCACGGCGGAGCCCUUGGCGCCCGGGGAGCUGAGCCUCAGUUGGCAGGUGCCGCCGCUGCAGAGCUGCGGCUUUCAGGGCUACCAAGUGCAGUGGCGCGAGCAGCAAGGCGCCUGGUCCUCCGCCUCCUGCGGGGCCACUCUCUGCCAGUCCUCCUGCCGGCUGUCUGUGCCCUCCAACCGCCUGGUGGAGGUGCAGGUGAAGGUUUCCUGCAGCCCAUCGGAAGCAGACAGCGACUGGAGCGGCCUGCUGGUCGAGACCCUGCCUGUACCUGCUGCAGCGGUGCAAAACCUCAUAGUGUCCAACAUCCACGCAGCAGGCGGUGAUUUGUCCUGGACACCCGGGCCAAUGAAUGAUUGCGUUUUGUCCUCGUGGCAUUUGGGGUACCGUGAUUUGUUGGGCAGCUGGACAUCGACCUCCUGCGCAGCCGACGUGCCCUGCAGCCUGAGUGGCCUCGCCUGCGAUACCGCCUACGAGCUGUGGGUGGCUGCCAGCUGUGCAGACUUUCGCGCCGAUGGGCCCUUCGUCACGGCCAGCUUCACCACGGACCCGGGGGAUGUGUGCCUCAAGGAGUCCCCCGCGCCGAGGUCCGUGGCCACGAGCAGCCUGGGUGUCUCCAGCCUGUCCGUGUCCUGGGAAGAUGUGGAGCCGGGGAAGAACUGCAGCUUCCAGCAGUGGCAGGUGGAGGUGCGACCCUCCAACAGCGACACCUGGCGCCUUGCCGCCGGGUGCGCGGGUCUGGCGCGCACGGCGACAUCCUGCGUCGCCACGGGACUUCAGUCGAUGAUGGCGCACAGCUUCCGGGUCCGCGAGGAUUGCGGGCUUCCAGCCGACUGGGGCUACUCCAGCCCGGCCAGCACAGAGGCACGGCCUGCGAUGGCCCCGUUCGACAUGGUGGCGACCCCUGCCUCGGAUUCAGCGAUGACCGUGCAGUGGAGCACGCCUGAGCUCAAUGACUGUGUCUUCCGCAGCUUCGAGCUGCAGUGGGCGGACGUUGGCGGCAGCUGGGUCUCCUCCGCGUGCGACGGGACCUUCUGUCAGAGCAGCUGCUUGGCACAGCCCUUGCCAUCCAACACUCUGCUCAGCUUUCGCGUGCGGACGCUCUGCGACGUUGAGGCCCUGAGCAGCUCCUGGAGCAACGCCUCCGACUCGGUGGCUACGCUGCCGAGGAUUGCAGAGGUUGUCGUCGUGAACAUUUCCGCCAGCCACGACACCGCGGAGCUGACUUGGGAGAGGCCGCUUCUGAACGACUGUCUGCUGCUGGGCUAUAAGGUGGAGAUCUCCGACGGCCUGGGCUGGGCCGUCAACCCGGGCUGCAACGCCAGCGAGGGAGGCUGCAUCCUCAGCGGACUGUCUUGUGGCACUGCCUAUGAGGUGCGCGCGGCUCCGCGCUGCAGCGACCACCUGGCGGAGCCGUCUUGGGCGAUGUCGGCCUUCACGACCAGCGCAGGCGCCGACUGCGCGCGGAGGGCCGGGAAGCCGGCCGGGGUGCUGCUGCUGCCCAGCUCCGUCAGCAGCCUGCGGGUCAGCUGGGAGGCCGCAAUGCAGCGCGAGAAGUACAGGGAGCGCUUGCAGGAGCAGCUGGCACACGUGCAGGCGAGCGUGAAGGCGCUGGAGGAAAGGCGCCAGGAGUACCUGGAGCUCAGGUCGCUGCUGCAGGAGCUGCCACGGAAGGUGCGCCAUGAGGUCAUGGUGCCCUUUGGGCCCUUGGCCUUCUUCCCUGGCGAGUUGGUCCACACCAACGAGAUCCUCACGCAGCUGUCCUCAGAGUGGUUCGCUCUGCGCACGGUUCCCAACGCUGUGGCGAUGGUGGACCGCCGCUUGGGGCGCCUGGACAAGGAGCAAAAGGAUGUCGACAAGGAGCACCAGGAAGCCUCCCUGCGCCUCGGCGUCGCGCCGGACCUGCCAAGCGCCGGCGCAAGGCCCGGCGCUGCCGCGGACGUGCCGGCGACGGAGCCGGAGCACGGCGCCGCUAGCGUGCGCGUGGAUGAGGAUGGAUACAUGGACAUCUGCGAGCCCUUGGAAGACGAGGCGCCGAAGCGCCGCUUUGUUGGCCCCCCUCAGGCAGAGGAGGACGCCUGGGAGUUCUGGCAGCGCCCAGUGAGCGGCUUCGCCGCGCGCCUGCGGGAGCUCGAGGAGUUGGAGGAGGAGGAGCUGGCGGCCCCAGCCGCGUCGGAGGCUGAGCCGCCGGCGACUUCUCCGGCGCCUUCUCCGGCGCGACCCGUGGCCAGCCCGGCGGACUUGUACGAGCUGAUGGGCGGCACCGGAAGGCCGCCGGCGGCGCCGGCGGCGCCGGCUGCGCCAGCGCCGAAGUGGGGGGUGGCCGAGACGGUCCGGGAACAUGCGCCCCAGCCUGAGCAACGCGCGGCCCCGGCCAGAGAUUGCACCUUCGCCUCCUGGCGUGUGCUGCUGGGACCAGACCUGGCAUGCGAAAUCCUGUCUCGCGCCAUCACCUCAUGCUUCGUGCAGGGACUGACGGAGAACACCAGUUACCACGCCUCGGUGCAGGAGUUCUGCGAGGAGCCCGCGCUGGCCUCGCCGAUCGCUAGCGGCAGUCCUGCCACGACCUACAGCGUGCCGGCGCCCAGCAUUGCGCUGCAGAUACCCACGGGGAUCUUGAGCAGCAGGGCCACGGAGAUCUUUGUCCUGUAUGACGUGGAUGUGGAGCCACCAGAAGACCUCCCGUCUCCGAUGGAGACCUGGGCCCGGAUCCUGCCGUGCACGCUGCGCCCGGGCCGGCGCUCGGAGCUGGAGGCCCUGGCAGAGGAGGCCCACGGAGGCUGCAAGCGCAAGCUCGUCGCCGGGCUCUUGGAAAGAAGCCGGAUCUGCACCCGCAACUGCCGGACCCCUUGCAGUCACGACAAAGCCAUCAUUUGCAAGGGCCGAAAGGGCUACGGCCUUGGCCUCUUUGUCUUCUCUUAUGACCAGCGGAUCUCAAACAGCUUGUGGGACCAUCACACUGUCCUUUGUCGUGGACUUGUGGUGCUGAUGCCCCUGCCAGAGGAUCUGAAAGAUCUUGAGGACGGCGCGAGGCUGGAGGUGCAGUUGCUGGAGGCGGCCACAGCGGGCGACACGCCCCUGGAGUUUGCGGAGUGCAUGCCAAAGUUCUGGGAGGCUGACAGGGAGGUUCUGCGAGGUGUGCAGCUGGCCUUCGGCCGGGACCCUGAGGUGAUUGGAUUGGAAGCGGUGAUGGAGAAGGUGGACGGGUCUUUGGGCCUGAUUCAUCCUGCUCGAGACCCCCAGACCCUUCACCGCAUCGAUGCAUUUCCACUGCUGUCCUCCAAGAGCGUUGGCUACAGCCAGGACAUCGCCAAGGCCCGCAGCAUGCUGCAGGAGCAGCAUCCCAAGUUCCGACUCCCUGAAAAUGUCACGGCCGCCUUGGUGGAGGUGGUCAGGCCGGAAGUCCAGGUUUGUGUGCCCUACAGUUACCAGGGCUUCCGUUUGCUGGCUGUCAUGAAGGCAGGCGCCUGGCUCAAUGAAGAGGAGCUGGACCACCUGGCGAGGGACCUGCAGAUGGAAAGGCCCAGGAACGUCAAGCAGCGAGGAGAGGAGACGCUGGAGGACAUCCUUGCAAAGGCGCAGGCCUACGUCAUGGGCGAGCCUCACGAGCUCGAGGAGGGCUGGGUGGUGGUGCUGAAGAACGGCCUGCGCCUCAAGGUGCACACCGAAGCAUACCGAAUCCUGCAUGCCCUUUGGUCCUGCACCUGGAACGGGGACGUCACCGUGAAGCUGGUGAUGCCAUUGCUGCGCCACCCCGCAGUGAAGGAGGUGCCGUUCAGCAGCCUGCGGCGGUGCCUCUGCCACCCGCGCUGCGCCUCGCCGGCGAUGCGCCGCACCGCCGCGGACGCCGAGCAGCUGCUCUUCACCAUGCGCGGCCUGCGGGACCUGUGCUGCGAGCUGACGGGGGAGUCAGAUCCCGUUUGGAACAUGCUGCACACGUGGUGGUCCAACCGCAUCAAUGUGAAGACGGUGCUGCCGCUGCUGGAGGAUCCCCGCAUCAACCAGGUCCCUUGGGAGGCGAUCCGCGGAUGCCUCUGCGGCCCCUGCGCCACGGCGCAGCGCCAGGCCAACGCCGAUGCCCUGCAGACGUUGCUGGAGCGGCUGCGGCCCAUCUUCCAGAAGUGCCUGGUGGAGGCGCGGCAGGCCCUGAAGGACACGGCCGCGGAGCCCAUGAAGGACUUGAAGAAGCACCCCAUGAGCAAGGUCCUUCAGAUGGUCCGAGGCCCAAGGGGGUGGAUCGCCUGCAUUCCUGAGGAUCAGGACGUGGACGCUUUGACGGUUCCCCCGGAAGUUGUCAGGCCGGUCUUUCAACCGCUGGCGGAGAAGGUUGAGAGGGAGCUGCAGAAGGGCGCGAAAUGCGGAAGGCCCGCGAAUUCGGUGGAGUCCCCGGAGUCGGACCCGAAGGAAGAGCCGCAGGAGGGCGAUGCCAUCUUGAAUCGCGGCUACGUGAGCUGA